AAUUACUUUUUCCUUUACGACGGUUCAAAGGUUAAAGAAGAAGGAGAUCCUACAAGUGCCGGGAUUUGUUAUUUUUACCCUUCUCAGACUCUCCCCGACCAGCAGGAGCUGCUGUGCGGACAGAUUGCCGGUGUGGUGCACUGCAUGACUGAGAUUUCUGGGGUUCCUCCAACCCUCAUUCGCCUGAGGAAGCUCAAGUUUGCAGUGGUGGUGGAUGGUGACUACCUGUGGGUUCUGGGCUGUGCCGUUGAGCUCCCUGAUGUCAGCUGCAGGCGGUUUCUGGAGCAGCUGAUCAGCCUCUUCACCUUCUACCAUGGACCCGUGCACUGCGCAUACACGGCAUUUUCUCAGGAGGAACUGAGCAGGCAGUGGGAGAGAUACAUUGAACACAUCCAAAAAAACACCAGCGACCUUCACAAGAUCUUCAAUUCUCUCUGGAAUCUGGACAAAACGAAGGUGGACCCCUUGCUUUUACUGAAAGCAGCUCUCAUCUUGCAAACCUGUCAGCGCUCUCCCCACAUCUUGGCAGGCUGCAUUCUCUACAAAGGCUUGAUUGUGAGCACCCAGCUGCCACCUCCUCUCACUGCCAAAGUUCUCCUCCAAGGCCAUGAGUCUCCAAGCCAGAGCCAGCCUGGAGGUGAGGAGCAGCAGGAGCCUGAUUCUCCAUUGCCGCAGGGUGUCCGCAUCAUCCCGGUGUUCCUAACAGAAGAUGAAGUCUCAGUGCUCCGAGACUUUCCAGUGGAGUGGAUGACUAGGUCAUCCGUGUCCCCAGCAAGCCCUGAAGGAGAGAAGAAUGCUCUCUGCUCCCAGGCAGUUUCAGAAGCAACAGGAGUUCAUGAAAACCAAGACCUGAAUAACAUUGCUGUGCAAGAGUCCCCUCGGCAAGAUCCAAGUGCAGCUGCACUGAAAGAUGCUGUGCAAUCGGGCAGCCUUGCAAACACCGGCCCUUUGGAGGGCCUCCCCGAAAUGGGAGCCAGUACAAAGAAUUCUCCAACUGCAGAACUGAGCAGAGCAGACAGCAAAAGCUCAGAGCUCAGCAGAAAACCACCCUCACCAUCAGAGGGAGACACAGAGCAGCUGCCAAGCCCUUCCACACCCCAUAGUGCUGAAUAUGCUCCAACUACAGAUCUGUAUCUGGAAGGCUUUUCCUUUCCAAACCCUUACGCCCGGGAGCAGGAGAGUCAGAACAUGAGGAAAUCCCUUGUGGACUCUGACGCUGAGCAGCACAGUUUCCAAAGUUACAAUGCAACCAGUGGCAGCCCAGCUAUUGGCUCUCCAGCCCAAGAGCUGAGCGGAAGGAAAUCAAGUGAACAGGACGAGCAAGGGACUCUGAGCCAAAACAGCGUCUCUGGAGAAAGCAGCGGUGCAGCCGGUGGCACUGUGCAGGAUUUGGGUUGUCCGGCCACCGCUGAGCAGUCAGAGCUUCAAAGCAGGGGUCAGCUGCAGGCUGCAGAGGUUCAGGAGGGUCUGCCUGGUGACCCAGCAGAGGACACGCACGGUUCCAGGAGCAGUGGCUGGCCACCUCAGGGGGACGCUCUGGAAACCCAGGCUGGUGUGGAGCCAGGCAAACAGUGCAGACCAGUGAAGAUGUGCCUGUAUGUUCACUGCAUUAAGGGGCUUGUGCUCUCCUUGCUGGCUGAGGAUCGCCUCGGAGAGGACCAGAGCUCCGUUGAAGAUGUGUACCACAGCAGCCUGGCUUCUCUCAACGGCCUCGAGGUUCAUCUGAGGGAGACCCUGCCCAAAGACUCCUCAUCCUCAGCCAGGACAACCUACAGCUUCACUCACUAUGACUGCGUUCAGAAUGUGCUCACGGCCAACCUGCCCCACACGCUCGGCCCCCUGGACCGGCACUUCCUGAGAGCUGUUACGCUGAUCCACUCCGACUUCAACCAGCUCCCGGCUGCUUCAGAGGUGAUAAUUAGGAACGCCUCCACGGCCGUGUACGCCUGCAGGAACCCCGUCCACGAAACCUACUUCCAGCAGCUGGGUGCUCCACUCCGCAACUCGGGUGUUCCCAACCCUCACGACAGCGCGUUCAGCUUGCCAAGCAAGGCCAAGCAAAAGCUGCUGAAGCACGGGGUGAACCUGCUCUGA